AUGAUGCUUGCAGGGGGCGGCAUGGGUAAGGUAGUAGACGUGGUGGACGCAGCGACGCGAUUUGUGGCCGACUCGAGCGUCUUGGGACGAGCGCUUUGCAUUGGGCCCAGGAUGCAUGUCCUCCAGAAAGAGAGCGGCGAAUGGGAAUUGGUCGCUCCGGGUACAGCGGGCAGCUCGGAAGAAGCCGUGUUCGAGCCGUAUGCAGAUGACUGGGAGGACCAGGAUGCUUGGAACCGCAACUUUGUGAAGUUGUUGAACACGGUCCAGGCUGGGAGAGGAUGGGUGGGCUGGGCGCAGGACAUGGCCCAGGCUGCUCUGUACGCCAUCGGUAUCGGCCGCUGA